CCUGCUGGGCGUGGCCGGCUACAAAGGCGGCCGGCAGCCCGCGGAGCUCCGAGUAGGCGCGUCGCGGUGGACCGAGAAGCGUCGCGGGACGGCGUGGGGGACUCGGAUUCGGCCUGCGACGCCCCCGCAUGCGCCGGCCGGCUCGGUAGCGGCGGCCCCGAUGCUGCUGCAGCCCGCGUGCGCCCCGAGCGUGUUCCCGCGGCCGCCCGCCGCCCCCAGCGCCAUGCACGGCUCGCAGAAGGACACCACGUUCACCAAGAUCUUCGUGGGCGGCCUGCCCUACCACACCACCGACGCAUCGCUCCGAAAGUACUUCGAGGGCUUCGGAGACAUCGAGGAGGCCGUGGUCAUCACCGACCGCCAGACCGGCAAGUCCCGCGGCUACGGCUUCGUGACCAUGGCCGAUCGAGCAGCAGCUGAUAGGGCUUGCAAAGACCCUAACCCUAUCAUCGAUGGCCGGAAGGCAAAUGUGAACCUGGCCUACCUGGGUGCCAAGCCUAGGAGCCUGCAGACUGGCUUUGCUGUUGGUGUGCAGCAGCUACACCCCACUUUCAUCCAGCGCACCUAUGGGCUGACCCCCCACUACAUCUAUCCGCCAGCCAUUGUGCAGCCCAGCGUGGUGAUACCCGCCACGCCUGUCCCGUCACUGUCCUCGCCCUACCUUGAGUAUACGCCAAGCAGCCCAGCCUAUGCCCAGUACCCUCCAGCCGCCUACGACCAGUACCCGUACGCCGCCUCGCCUGCCACAGCCACCAGCUUCGUGGGCUACGGCUACCCAGCUGCCAUGCCCCCAGCCUUGCCUGCCGCUGCGCCUGCAGGUACCACCUUUGUGCAGUACCAGGCACCUCAGCUACAGCCCGACAGAAUGCAGUGAGGCGUGUCCUGCCUAGGGCCACAGCCACCGCCUGCCUGCCGAGGGUUCCAGACAGCUUCCCAGCCCAGGCCAUGCUGUGCCUUGAGGAAGGACGAGAAGUAAGGGUACACUCUCGGGGACCUCUGCAGCCACUCCAUGCCCGGUGCCUUACUUUGUGACGCUGCAGACGUCCACCUUCCUCUUUGGGAACCCCGCCCAUUGCCCCUCAGUCGAAGCACUGUGCCAUAGCCUUUUGGGAUUGUUCUGCUAUGAAGACCAGACCAUCAUCACCAAGAACCCUCAACCCAUUUUCUACUUAGAGACUGGCCUUGGUCGAUAGUUCCCCUGUGGAGACAAUGACAGUAUUUCUCUGUGACUGUGUCACUGAUGGGAUGCCUGGAGCUACCCCCUCCGGCACAGGAUGAUGACCAGACCACAGCCCUGCAGGGCCCUGGGUUCCUGUCUGUCUGAUGCUGCCCGCCUCACCUGCAGAGGUGCUCGUCAGGGCGAAUUCUCAGGUGUCUGUUGCUGUGCCAUUGAGACCUUCUUCCUGGCCCUGCACCCUCUAGGCAGGCUCUGCGCCACCCACCCACCUCCUGUUGUAACCUGUGUGCCAGUCUGGGAGCAUUGCCUGGCUGCACUGCACAGAGGAGAAGCCUAGCCCACGUCUGGGAGGGGUACAGUGGGCAUCCCUGGCAGCGUGAGCUGCCCGCAGGCUGGGCAGUGGGUCCCUCCACACCUACCUCAGGGAGCCAGUGUGAAGGCACUCAGCGGUGUGCCUGCUACUCAAGCCCGGAGGACAGAGGGAGUAAUGUUAUAAUAAUAUUUUUAUUAGAAUGUUCUGAUUAUAAAAAUAAAACUUGUUUUCUUUAAAGAAAA